AUGGGUCUCUCAGGCCGAAAAGUCAAGCAGCGCAUCCCGAACGACCCGCGCAAUCUUUCCUGGGCGGACGAUGCGGCCAAGUUCGGGCAGGCGUACCUCGCGAAGAUGGGCUGGGACCCGUCGAAGGGACUCGGGGCGUCCGGGGAGGGGCGCACGCGCGCGAUCUCUGUGGACCAGAAGCUCGACAUGCUGGGCAUCGGGAUGCAGCACCAGCGGGACGCGAAUGGCUUGGCGUGGCAGCAGAACCGCGACUUCGAGAAUCUGUUGAAGAGGCUGAACGGUGCGGCGGAGGGGGCGACGGAGGAGGAUGGGAUCAAGGGGGAGAUGAAGGGGAUUAAAAAGGCGAGGAAGGGCGAAAAGGAAGAAGACGGCGGGUUGACGUCUGAUAACGCCGCAUCGGCCGCCCCCGCCGUUCCCAUCGUUGCGCCGACGCCCGUCCGAGCACCCCCUCGCACGCACCGCGCGCGCAUCAUUGCUGCGAAACGUCUCGCCUCGCGCACGCCCGCCGCGCUCUCCGAGAUCCUUGGCAUCCCCUCCUCCUCCAUCCCCGCCACGCCCGCUGCGCCCUCGCCGCUCUCCACGCUCACGCCCUCCGCGCCCGCGACGCCCGCCGACGCGGCGGCCGAUCUCCAAAAGCUGACGACGGCGACGCAGUCCGUCGCGGACUACUUCAAGGCGAAGCUGGCGGCGAGGGCGCGCGGAUCUGGGAGCGCGACGCCCGUCGUGAAAGAGGAGACGCGGGACGAGGAGGACGACGCGCCGCGGAUGGGGCUGGGUGCAUCAAGAUCAAGGAGCGCGGUGUUUGAUGAGCGGGGGAGCGCACAGGCGGGGAUUGAGGCGUCAUCGAAGUUUGGGGCCGUGUUUUCGGCCGCACAGGAUGCCGACCAUACGAAAGUUGAGGAGGCGCCAGCGACCGAUUCGGUGCAGGCGGAAGGAGGAGUGGAGGGCGAGGACGAGAAGUCGAUGAGGAAAAGGGCCAAAGAGGAAAGGCGGAAAGAGAAGGCGAGGAGGAAACAGGAGAGGGAGCGGGAUGGAGGAGAAUAA